CCACUGGUUCUUGACUUCCUGUUUCCACACAGCUGUGCUUUUCAGAGGUGGAUCUGCAAAAUAUGGAUGGACCCCAAGAUGGUGGUGAGGGCAAGAGAGGUCCAAAUCCAGCCUUUUGGUGGGUGAAUGGCCAAGGGGAUGAAGUAAAGUGGAGCUUCAGAGAGAUGGGAGACCUAACCCGCCGUGUAGCCAACGUCUUCACACAGACCUGUGGCCUACAACAGGGAGACCAUCUGGCCUUGAUGCUGCCUCGAGUUCCUGAGUGGUGGCUGGUGGCUGUGGGCUGCAUGCGAACAGGGAUCAUCUUCAUUCCUGCGAGCAUCCUGUUGAAGGCCAAAGACAUUCUCUAUCGACUACAGUUGUCUAAAGCCAAGGGCAUUGUGACCAUAGAUGCCCUUGCCUCAGAGGUGGACUCCAUAGCUUCUCAGUGCCCCUCUCUGAAAACCAAGCUCCUGGUGUCUGAUCACAGCCGUGAAGGGUGGCUGGACUUCCGAUAGCUGGUUAAAUCAGCAUCCCCAGAACACACCUGUAUUAAGUCAAAGACCUUGGACCCAAUGGUCAUCUUCUUCACCAGUGGGACCACAGGCUUCCCCAAGAUGGCAAAACACUCCCAUGGGUUGGCCUUACAACCCUCCUUCCCAGGAAGUAGGAAAUUACGGAGCCUGAAGACAUCUGAUGUCUCCUGGUGCCUGUCGGACUCAGGAUGGAUUGUGGCUACCAUUUGGACCCUGCUAGAACCAUGGACAGCGGGUUGUACAGUCUUUAUCCACCAUCUGCCACAGUUUGACACCAAGGUCAUCAUACAGACAUUGUUGAAAUACCCCAUCAACCACUUUUGGGGGGUAUCAUCUAUAUAUCGAAUGAUUCUGCAUCAGGAUUUCACCAGCAUCAGGUUCCCUGCCCUGGAGCACUGCUGUACUGGCAGGGAGGUCGUGUUGCCCAAGGAUCAGGAGGAGUGGAAAAGACGGAUGGGCCUUCUGCUCUACGAGAACUAUGGGCAGUCAGAAACGGGACUAAUUUGUGCCACCUACUGGGGAAUGAAGAUCAAGCCGGGUUUCAUGGGGAAGGCCACUCCACCCUACGACGUCCAGGUCAUUGAUGACAAGGGCAGCAUCCUGCCACCUAACACAGAAGGAAACAUUGGCAUCAGAAUCAAACCUGUCAGGCCUGUAAGCCUCUUCAUGUGCUAUGAGGGUGACCCAGAGAAGACAGCUGAAGUGGAAUGUGGGGACUUCUACAACACUGGGGACAGAGGAAAGAUGGAUGAAGAGGGCUACAUUUGUUUCCUGGGGAGGAGUGAUGACAUCAUUAAUGCCUCUGGGUAUCGCAUCGGGCCUGCAGAGGUUGAAAGCGCUUUGGUGGAGCACCCAGCGGUGGCAGAGUCAGCCGUGGUGGGCAGCCCAGACCCGAUUCAAAGGGAGGUGGUGAAGGCCUUUAUUGUCCUGACCCCACAGUUCCUGUCCCAUGACAAGGAUCAGCUGACCAAGGAACUGCAGCAGCAUGUCAAGUCAGUGACAGCCCCAUACAAGUACCCAAGGAAGAUUGUCCCUUCUAUAAGAAAGGCCCUCGACAACUGGACAGUUUUUCCCCCCUUGCUUUUGGGCAUAGUCUGCCAGGUCAGCACGUGGAUGUAUUUUUCUCCCCACAGCUCUGUGCAAAAGCCUUGUAGAGGGAGAUGGCAGAGAGGAAGGCUGCCUACAAGCAGCACAGAUGGGAAAUGAUGGAAAAGCAGAGAGUCAUGGAGAUACACAAGAGUCAGGAGCCAGCCCAGGGACAACUGGGCCUAGAGAGCACUUUCUGGAGAGACAGGAGGCGACCGCAUGAGACCAUGGCUGAGACACCUAGUCCUCCAGGCACUGAGGAACUCCAGGGCAUUCUGUGGGUCUUGUGGGCAGCCAGCACCUCUACCUGUUCCUCAGAAGAUCGUGGCCACCUGGGAAGCCAUCAGCCUGGGAAGGCAGCCGGUGCCUGAAUACUUCAACUUUGCCCAUGAAGUGCUGGAUGUGUGGAGUCGGCUGGAAGAGAUGAAGGCUGUUCUGUCCUAGAGUCCAUCUGGGGCAUCUGAGGCUGCCCUCAUGUACCACAAUGAGACUCAAGGCUCCAAGACAUGUUGAUGAGGAAAUUUGGACCUGGGAAUUUUGCUAGUUCUAAAAUGUAAACUGUUGGCAUUUGAGACUUAGGAAAAAAAUUCUGAGUCAGUGUUGUGAGCCUUAGACAUGCUUGUUCCUUCUCUGAAGUGUCCUGCAUUCUUGAGCCCAAAUCAUACAGUGAGACAGUUAUGUCCCUUCUGAUUCCCUUCCAGUUGUUCAUCAACUGAAGGAGGAAGUUUUGUUUUGCUGCUACUCUGUCUUUGAUGUCUCUCUCUCACUGUCAUGCCCUUCUCUUCUAAAUAAGGAAAGAAGGCCGGGUGCGGUGGCUCAUGCCCAUAAUCCCAGCACUUUGGGACACCGAGAAGGGCAGAUCACCUGAGGUCAGGAGUUCAAGACCAGCCUCGCCAACAUGGUGAAACUCCGUCUCUACUAAAAAUACAAAAAAAAAAAAAAAAAAAAUUACCCAGGCAUGGUGGUGCACACCUGUAGUCCCAGCUACUUUGGAGGCUGAAGCAUGAGAAUUGCUUGAACUCAGGAGGCAGAGGUUGCAGUGAGCCAAGAUCAUGCCACUGCACUCCAGCCUAGACAACAGAGCGAGACUCCACCUCAAAAAAUAAAAUAAAAUACAACAAAACAAUAUAAAAUAAGGAAAGAAUAGGGCUCAGGCUCAAAGCUUUUUGCAGAUCAUAACAGAUACAUAGAAUUGAAUAAGAUAACCCUGAUUUCUUUGUGUGUCUCUGUGCCUCUGCUUUCUUCUUUAUUUUCCCUUAUAUCUGUGUCUGUUGGGUCUCUCUAUUUCAUGGUUACCUUUUAUUUGUGUUACAUGAUACUAACUUUUCAUUUAUAAGAGGAAGACAUACUUGUAAAACUGUAUUUCAGCCAAUGUGAAGCUUAACCAGUGAGAAAAGCCUUUUCCCUAGGGGCUUUUUGUCCAGAACAAUUACAGACAAAUGUUUAACUUCAUUGUUGCCUAAGGUGAUGGAUAACAGUAGGGACAAACAAUAGACUCACCAAAAAGUGAAAAAAGAAAAGCUGGAGAAUACAAAACUGGAAACAUAAAAUUUAAUUCAAAGAAUUGUAUUCAUGUUAAUUGUAAGAAGAGAUUGUUUAAAGAAAAAAUAUGAAGUAAAUGGCAUUGUUAGUAGAUACAAUAAAAUUAACUGUCAGCAGAUGUGGUGAAACUUA